ACUGUCAUCUUAUUCUAAAUUAUUGGUGCUCUAACUUUUAGAUCAUUUUUGUAAAAAUCAAUAAAACGUAAUUUUUGAUUGGAUGAUAAUUUAAAUUAUUUUACUCGGUUAGUCAACUCUAUCCUAGUUAGAAAAGUGUUGUUAUUGUACAUUUAUGCAGCAAAGUAAAUAAAUAAAUUUGUGUAGACUUAACUCAAGUUAUUAGCUUUGCAGUGUUAUUGAUUUUGUAGUGACAGAAUAGGACUGACAGCAAACAACACUAACUACCCUAUCAAUGUUUUGUUUCAACCAACAGCCUCAAGUCAUGCUCGUUACAAGGUUCUUUUCUCACUCCGAAGAGAACUUGACCAGAAAGAAAAAAGUCAAGAGCUCAAUGCACAGUAAGAGAAAAUAAAAUAAUUGCUUCUUUCGGGUAAAGUCAUUUAUUCAACUUGGAUUGAAUCAAAAGCAACUCGCCCUCGCAAUAAAGGUGAGGAGGCAUCAUCAUAUGAGACCUCAUCAUGAAUCUUUGAAUGAGUACUACUGUUGUCAAAUGCCAACAGCAUAUUUUUCUUUCCAACCAAACAAAAGGAAAAGCUAUUCUAGCAAUUUUUAAAUAAUUUUUGUCAGUGCCAAUGAACUUUUCCACUGUCUUCUUGUUGAAUCUUGGCUUCCAAGGACCCUAUCACUUCCUUGAUGCAAGGGCUAAACAAUAUUCUGUCCCUGUGAGGAGUCUAAAGUGCAAGGUUACUACAGAUUCUUUCCACAGCCUCAGAAUUGAGAAAGUUUGCAAAGUAACUAAACUUUAUCAGAAAAAGCAUAAUUUGUCGGGAGGUUAUAUAUAUUAUAUACAUAGCAAAGUUUCUAUUGCAGAAAAACAUAUAUUUUGUUUGGAAGUUGGUGAUCAAGAAGAAGCAGCAGUGAUGGGAAAAGUGCAGGGUUUUAGCCUUCUAUCUUUGGGUGGGUGCUUUGAUGGUUGUAGAGAUCACACUCAAGGUUCUGGAUAUGGGACAAGGAUAUGGAACCUCAGUGAUCGACCAGUGGAGCUCCAAAUAAGGGUGGGAUCAAUACUGAAAAAGAUUCACACUUUGAAGCCAGGGUCUUCAAAAAGACUGAAAUGUAAAAGCAUAUAUAAGGCUUACAUGCCUGGAAGUGGAAGAAGUGGCAGUGUUGGAGGAAGCUUGAAGAGUUUAUUGUAUUACUAUGAUGAAACAUGUCACCCUUAUAUUUGGAUUCAUGACACAGGGUGUCAUUCCUUAAGGAUGGCUAAACAGCAGUAUAUUAGCCUCGAGGAUCUCAGAGAUUCUUCUGAAAUCAAAGUCUUCUGGGAUCAUCAGAAAGGCUCUAUAUCAGUUCGGAAGAGAACAAGGCCAGAUUUCUGCUGAAUUUUAAUUUCAUUCUUCUCGCCAUAUUUUUCAACUUUGUUUCUCAUGUUUUUUUUUUUAUUUCACGUUGGGUUUCAAACCCCCCUUGUUGUGUGAUUCAAUGUUUCAUGAUCACGUCUUUAAUUAGUGUAUUGAUAACAUAAGAAUGCAGUUCUUUCUUCUGU